UUUAACUUAACAAUUUUGUUUUUCAGGGGUGUGAUGGCGGAAGGUAAUGGAGGUGGUGACCCUGGGUCACAGGUAGAUGGGGAGAGAACAGAAGAUUACCAGAAACUAAUAAAUUAUGGUUUAAAUGAAAAAGUGGCAGCAAAGCUUGAUGAAAUCUACAAACAAGGCAAACUUCGACAUGAGGAUUUGGAUGAACGGGCACUGGAUGCAUUAAAAGAAUUUCCUGUAGAGGGAGCAGUGACAGUUUUGAAACAGUUCUUAGAAUCUAACUUGGAACAUGUUUCUAACAAGUCAGCAUACUUGUGCGGCGUUAUGAAGACAUAUCGACAGAGGAAACAGUAUAACACAGAUAGUAUGACUGUCAAUCCAGGCAAAGGCCCAGAUGAAGAUAAUUUGAAAGCCAUCUUGGAGCGAUCUGGAUAUACACUAGAUGUUACUACAGGGCAGAGGAAGUAUGGAGGCCCACCGCCAAACUGGGAGGGCCCACCACCAGGCCCAGGAUGUGAAGUGUUCUGUGGGAAGAUACCAAAAGAACUGUAUGAAGAUGAAUUGAUUCCUUUGUUUGAGAAGUGUGGUGAAAUUUGGGACUUACGUCUAAUGAUGGAUCCAAUGACAGGUCAAAACAGAGGCUAUGCCUUCAUUACUUUCACAACACGUGCAGCUGCCAAUGAAGCAGUUUCAAAGCUGAAUGAAUAUGAAAUUCAGCGCGGCAAAAAAUUAGGGGUCACUAUUUCAUACAACAAUCAUCGAUUGUUCGUAGGAAAUAUCCCCAAGAACAGGGAGCGACAUGAAUUAUAUGAGGAGUUUGCAAAGCACGCACCUGGUUUGGUCGAGGUGAUAAUUUACAGUUCUCCAGAUGACAAAAAGAAAAAUCGAGGCUUCUGCUUUUUGGAGUACGAGUCACAUAAGGCUGCAUCCUUGGCAAAGCGGCGACUAAGCUCUGGACGAUUUAAAGUGUGGGGUUGUGAGAUCAUAGUCGAUUGGGCAGACCCACAAGAGGAACCAGAUGAAGAUACUAUGUCUAAGGAUGCCUGUGCCCCCAGCCAUGCUGCGUGGUGGGCGGGGAGGGGGUCGAGGGGGCGGCCGCAGUGACUAUGAUUAUGAUUACGACUAUUAUGGUUAUGGAGAUUAUCAAGGUGGCUACAGUGACCCGCCCCUCAACCAAUGGGGCGUGGUCGCACCAAAUCAGUGCCGGCUGGCCGUGGGUAUGGUAUGGCGAGCCGUGGCCGCGGCGCUGGCCCCUCCCCCCGUGGGGGGCGGGGUAUGGUGCCCCGAGGGGGGGCCAUGGGGGGGCGUAUGACUCGGCCGCCGCGCGCGGGGCAGGGGUUCAGAGGGUCCGCCAGGGGGGCAAAUCUAGCAGGUAAAAGAAAGUUGGAUGGCGGGCACCAGAACGAGGGGGACUCUAAGAGACGGUUCCAGAACACCGGUGCUAGCUGGGGGAACCAGCCUAUCCCACAGCAGCCGCUGAGCUCAUACAGUGGGGCCAACGGCAGCACGUACGGCGGGGCAGGCGGGGACCAGCAAUGGUACCACGACAGCUAUCCACAGUCGUGGAGCUGAGGUGUAAGCGGGUGGGCCGCCAGCACCAGGUGUAGAGGGUGGGGCGGGGGCAUGGCGGGGCACAACUCCACCAAGUACAGUAUGUCAGUCUGUCCAGACAAGCCUGAUUUCAGGCACAAAGGACAUUCCUGCCACUUGUAUGUAUGGGAGAAGUAUCGGUGCUUGCACCAGAUAUUGGGCCCAUGGGUGAUGGCCGCCCCACCAAUGCUGCGUCAGUGGGGACUGGAGAGGGUCGGCUGCCGAUUCCUGGCUGAGCUUUAGUUUGGUCGGGGUAAGGGGGCCGCAGUCCACCCCACCAGUGAGACAUGUACCUGAAAAACAUCUCCACCAUACCCAAACCCACCAGGUCAGUUGGGUAAUAAAACAUAACUAAAUCUAGUAGGAGGAAGUCUCACAAGAGUGCUGCUCUAAAUUUUAUCACUGUCAACCACUAGGAUGAAAAAAGCCAAACUGUGUUCAUAGAAAUUUCUCUCCAGUGGUUUUAAUGAGCAGGCUGUUUUAUUCCCGCUUACUUUGUGUUUCACAUGCAAUCUUCUUGUCUUUCAAAUAAAAUCUAAAAGAAUAGUUCCCAAUACAAACCUCUAAUGUCCAGCAGUUUGCCCCCCUAGUUCUGGAGACUAAUCAAUUCAGUGGAAAUGGUUAGUGGAAAAUAGCUGCCCAAAUUCCUGUAUUAGAAUUGAUGUCAAUGAUACAACAUCAGUACCAUUUCCUAUUAUUCAGGUGUGUCCAUCGAUAAAGAUUUUGCCUUCCUCUUCAUUAAGUAUAAUACAAGGUAAUUGUACAGGGGAAAUUGCCAAUGGAAUUUUCUUGUUUAUUAGCAUCUAUAAGCAACUUGUCAAAGUUACGAUAGCAGCAUCAGCAUCAGGUCCUUCCAUCCAGUUUGCCCCAUAAUACACAGUUUAUACGAAUUAUUAACAUUAUUUUCCCCCCAAAAAGGCGGUCCUGCAUGCACAUUUCAGUGACCACACUAUUUUCUUUUGGUAUCCCUAAAUGCUGUGUCCACUGAAUAACUCUUGAACCUUGCUACUUGAUUUGUAGUUCUUAGUUGGCAUUAAGCAGAUGCUCAGUGCAAGAUUGAAUCAAUGCUCGUGAACUUAUUGGAAUGUUGUCAAACCAAUUCAAUGGAACCCGGUAAUUUAAGAUUUAACCCAUAUAGAUAUUGCAGUAUUUGAAUUUAAGCAUGAUUUCUAUGGAUUUUCUUAUGUACUAAUUAGAAAGAUCCAUAUUCGAUGAUUGUAGACUGAUUGAGGUGACUGUUGUAGUAUGAUUGGUCAGAUAAUUAAUUUGUUUGGAUCUGUACAUAUCCGGAAUGCAGAUGUUGUUACUCAUUGGGAUCUGUGGAGGGGCGACCAGUGUUAAGACACACACUGCCAGUCACAGGGAAAGAUUUGGUGUGUUUGGAUGACAAAGCAGUUAUCUUUGGUGGAGAUUGGACCAACUGGCUGUGACUAACUUGCGAAGACUUGAAAUGUAAGAGUUUAUUGUGUGUGUUAUCUAGGAGCUAUCAAUAUAGAGGAUUCCUGGGGAUUUGAAAAGUCUCUUUCAAUUCUCCAAGAUUCCUGUCCGAAAGGAUGAAUUGUAGUUCCUGAUAAUGAAUUGUUGUAUUCAUAGUUAUAAGACUUUCUUGUGAUAAGUAAUGAGAGCUAGUUAUUAGAUGCUCCUUUUUUUCUGAAAUAUCAUGAAUUGUAUGAUAAUCGGACUGCACACUGAUAAGCUGUGCAAAAGCUAAUAUUUUUAUGGGCUUUUGUUUGGCCUUUAUUCUUUUAAAUGUGUUAUUACAAGAUGUGAAUUUAUUAAUCUAAGUUUGUUUUGGUCAAAAAGAUAAAUAUGUAUUACCUAAACAAAAGUUAUUCUAAUAUUCUAAUUUUAUGAGAUUAAAAAAGAGCUAGGCAAUUAGAUAUAUUACAUGUAAUACUGCAGCUUGAUUAGUAAUGAUUGGAGUGUGAUUUUUAAGCUGCAGUAUAAUCAAUUUGACCCUCAAGUUUUAGACUUGUGAUGACCUUGAACCAGACUUAUGUACUACACGCUGAGAAUUGGCACUAGAAUGAUCUUUGGCUCUGUAAGAAAAAUCUAAAAAGAAAAAUAUUAAAAAAAAAAAAGGUUGAGAAAGAUUCAGUGGAAAUUCAAAUAUUUCAGCUUCUGCCAGAUUUAUGAAUUGGGUAUGCCAGUUGUGGUGUUGGCUACAAUAUGUCACUAAUUUUUGUGACCAUGCAGCUUGCACCAGCCUUCGGUUGUGUGCUUUUUACUGCAUGUGUUUAUUAUCUUAUUUAAUACUACCUGCACUAAAUAUCUGGGCAUUAAAUGUUAUUGCUUUUUAUAAUUUUUAUAUGUAGAUGAUAUUUGCAAAGAUGUAUUUUAAAAAUUGCAAAGGUUAUUUGCAUACAAGUCUCCUAAAAUGAAUAACUUGACUCCUGUAGCUAUGGACAACACGCUGGACUUGAUUACAUUUUUUAUUACACAUUUCAAUUAUAUAGAGAAAAAAUUCACCAUGUGUCAUUGUACUUUCUGGGACAUCAUAAAGCUAUAUAGACAAAAUGGAAAAAUGUAUGCCAUGAAAUAUUCCAGAAUUUGGCCCAAUUUCAUGUACUAAUGGGUCACUGUAAAAUAUUAAGACAUUUGCCAUCUAGUUGUGGUAGUAGGGUCGCUGUGGUAUUAUGCAUUGUGGCGAGUGAAGGUCGGUUAUCAACAGGCUUCAAACUUGUAUGCCAUUCCUGUUAACACUAGCCUUACUGCAUAAGUCUUGUCAUUUCUAAAACAGGAUUGAGCAUGUGCCACUUAGAUUUUCUUUCUGAUCUAUAAUCCUGCAAAAUAUAUUGUGGAAAGAGUUUACUUUGUUAGAACAUUUUUCUUAAGUUUUAUCUACCAUACCGUCGAUGACACAACGUCCACAAAACUUUUUAAAAGUUUGUCAGGAGAUAUUGGUGAUGUAUGCCUGUAUUGUCCAUUGUAAGGUUUGUAGUUUGUUCAAGAGGUGGUUGCCUUAGCCAAGAGGACUGAAGGGAGGGUAGUACCACAAGCUGGAUCUUGGGAGUCCGAGGCUCGACUGUACCCAGUGAUUGAAUGGAAGUAAAGGAGAUUUCCAUUGU